AGGCCAGAUUUGAUCCACCAAGCACCAUGGACAGGACUGAAGUACCAGCUGGCACUGGAGUUGCUGUGCAAAUCCCGACUGUGGGUUGUGGUGGACAAGUGUCUAACUGCCCCAGUGGAUGUGACACCAGACUACCAAACCAGUGUAGCACCAAACAAGACAAUGUGGAGGAAGAUGAGGACAGGAAAGAAGAGUCAAAGUUUCAGCAUGUUCGACUUAAAAAAGCUGGUGCGACUUCUGGAGGAGGAGGUGGAGGAGGAGUUGUAGUAAUAGGAGUAAUAGGAGGAGGAAACAAUAAUAAUAUGCAAAAUUUCGUACCAGGAGGGGGAGCAGCGCGCAAGAGCUCCUGCAUCGAUGAACCGAUUCAAGAACCUCCGGAUCUGAAAGUGGAAGUACCGGCGUGUACAGACGCAGCGGUUAGGACCUUCACGCCUGCGCCUUCGCGUCUGACUGAUGCAGCCGGAUGCGACGAUCCAGACACCGGGAAAGCCUCUCCGGUCACCGUAGAGGCUGCCUGUAAUGCUCCAGGAGAAGCUCCACUUUCCACCGCCAUGAAGUGCAACAAAAACGGAGAGUGCAGGAGGGACUCGGGAGCGAGCAGCCUACGUUCCAUCAUGUCCAAGCAGGACAAGCAGGACGCCAACAAGCGCGCCACGGACACAUCAGCGGCUCAGGCCGGAGACCCCGGCAGUCCCGCUGCCUUCCCGGACAAGAAGGACUCCAAAGUGUCAUUUUCUAACGCGCCGAGCCGGAAAGCGUCUACAUCGGUCCAGAGCCAGCAGCCCCGCAGCUCGGUGUCUUUCCUGAGGUCUGAGGACGGAACGCAGAUCGCGACCGAAGAUGCGGAGACGCGCGGGAGUCAGGCGAGCUUCAUGCAGAGGCAGUUCAGCAGCAUGCUGCAGCCCGGGGUCAAUAAAUUCUCCUUACGCAUGUACGGCAGUCAAAAAGCGGUGGAGAGGGAACAGGAGAGGGUCAAAUCUGCCGGGAAGUGGAUCAUCCAUCCGUACAGUGACUUCAGAUUCUACUGGGACUUCACCAUGCUUCUAUUCAUGGUGGGCAACCUGAUCAUCAUUCCGGUAGGCAUCACUUUCUUCAAGGAAGAGACCACCACUCCAUGGAUCAUCUUUAACGUGGUGUCCGACACAUUCUUCCUCAUGGACCUGGUCCUCAACUUCCGCACGGGCAUCAUCAUCGAGGACAACUCGGACAUCAUCCUGGAUCCGAAGACCAUCAAGCAGAAGUACCUGAGGACGUGGUUCGUGGUGGACUUUGUCUCUUCCAUCCCGGUGGAUUACAUCUUUCUGAUCGUGGAGAAGGGAAUAGACUCUGAGGUGUAUAAGACGGCUCGGGCUCUGCGCAUUGUGCGAUUUACAAAGAUCCUGAGUUUGCUGAGGCUGCUGAGACUCUCUCGGCUGAUCCGAUACAUCCACCAGUGGGAGGAGAUUUUCCACAUGACCUAUGACCUGGCAAGUGCCGUGAUGCGCAUUUUCAACCUGAUUGCCAUGAUGCUCCUGCUGUGCCACUGGGAUGGAUGUUUGCAGUUCCUCGUGCCCAUGUUGCAGGACUUUCCCUCAGACUGCUGGGUCUCCCUCAACAAGAUGGUGAACGACACGUGGAGCGAGCUCUACUCCUUCGCUGUGUUUAAGGCGAUGAGUCAUAUGCUGUGUAUAGGUUACGGACGACAGGCUCCGGAGAGUUUGUCUGAUAUAUGGCUGACGAUGCUGAGCAUGAUCGUUGGAGCCACCUGCUACGCCGUUUUCAUCGGCCACGCCACCGCUCUCAUCCAAUCCCUGGACUCCUCUCGCCGUCAGUACCAAGAGAAGUACAAGCAAGUGGAGCAGUACAUGUCCUUCCACAAACUUCCGGCCGACUUCCGACAAAAAAUCCAUGACUACUAUGAGCAUCGCUACCAGGGCAAGAUGUUUGAUGAGGAGAGCAUCCUGGAGGAGCUGAACGAGCCGCUCAGAGAGGAAAUCGUGAACUUCAACUGCCGUAAGCUGGUGGCCUCCAUGCCACUGUUUGCCAACGCUGAGCCCAACUUUGUCACAGCCAUGCUGACUAAACUCCGUUUCGAGGUCUUCCAGCCCCGAGACUACAUCAUCCGCGAGGGCACCAUUGGCAAAAAGAUGUACUUCAUCCAACACGGUGUGGUCAAUGUCCUUACCAAAGGAACGCUUGGAAUGAAGCUGUCUGAUGGCUCCUAUUUUGGAGAGAUCUGUCUGCUGACGCGAGGGCGUCGGACAGCAAGUGUGCAGGCGGAGACGUAUUGCCGUCUCUACUCCCUCUCUGUGGACCAUUUUAAUGAGGUGCUAGAGGAGUACCCCAUGAUGAGAAGAGCCUUUGAGACUGUCGCCAUUGACAGGCUUGACCGUCUAGGUAAGAAAAACUCCAUUCUCAUGCACAAAGUGCAGCACGAUCUCAACUCGGGCGUCUUCAACAACCAAGAGAACGAAAUGAUCCAGGAAAUUGUGAAGUACGAUCGGGAAAUGGUCAAACUGGUGGACCUGCAGCGCCCUCGUGCCAUGUCUAUGACGGCAGCGAUGCCAGGAAGUUUCUUCGCCCCUCCCGGCCAGUCCCAAGGCGCUUCAGCCAUAGCAACCCUUCAGCAGGCUGUCGCCAUGAGCUUCUGCCCACAGAUGGCGAAUCCUCUAGCUGGUGCAGGCAGUCUGCAGAGUCCUCGCAUGGUCCGGCACUUCCAGGUCAUUCAGAACCUCUCCAGUCCAGCAUCCAUGUCUCCCUUGCAGGCAAUGCCACCUGGCCCCAUACCUGGAGGUGCAUGCGCUUCUGCUGCCACUUCCAGUCCACCAGUGCAAAGCCCGCUUGUGCCAACAGGCCCGAGGACAUUCCAGUAUGGCUGCAGCCCAAUGGGUGGGCGCACAGGAUCACAGCUGUCCCUCGUCCAGCAUCAUAUGUCAAGUCCAACGCACAAGGGUGUCCAGUCCCUGCAGCAAGCAAGCAAUCUGAGUCAAGAUGCCCGUGCCCUGUCUGCCUCACAACCUUCCCUGCCUCAAGAUGGAGUGCCAGUUAUGGGCUCCAGUCCCCCUCUCUCGACCCAUGUGUCCUCCACCUCCAUUGGGCCAUCACAGGUCCCUCACCCUGCAAUCCCUGGGCCUUCUGGAAUCAGGAGUGCUGUACCUCAACGGAUGGUACAGCCCCACCAGAUGCCGUCCGCUUCUCCGCCUCCUGUGGGUGGGGUAGGGAUAGCAGGGACGACUUACGUUGAGCCAGUGGUGCACAAGAAAGAUUCAAUAGUUAGCCUCCCUGAGACAGACUCUGCAAUCAGAUCCAGGCUGUCCUCGAACCUCUGA